AUGAAACGGGCGCCAGAAGGAGAGGACGUUGGACUUGACGGCGCAGCCGGGAGGACCGUAGUCGAAGGGGCCGGCGACGCUCCAGGAAGUUCACCACGGACUGUCGGAGCACACGAUGAAGGGCGCGGACGGCGAUUAGGUCUAUGUAAUUUUAUGGCGAGGAUUCCUGACAAGAUUAGGUCUAUUAAUGGAUCAAAAGAGACGCUUAAGCUUGCUGUUAGAAUCACCGAUCUUUGGUUCGUUGGGACUCCCAACAAGUCUGAGCAAGCGGAAAUGGUUUUUGUUGAUUCUGAGGGUGAUCAAAUUCAUGUUAUUUGUAAAUCGGACCACCUCAAGUCUUGGAAAGCUGAUUUGAAAGAGAAUUGCACUUAUGUUAUGCAUAAUUUCAAAGUUGUCAAGAAUGAUGGUCAAUUUAGAGUGUGCGAACAUGAGUACAAGUUAUUUUUUAUUGGAGUGACGGUUGUUAGAGAAGCUGAUUUGCAUGAACUGCCUUUUAAGGAAUUUAGAUUUGUUGAAUUUCCAAAUGUCGUUGCUGGCAAUUUUGUGUCUGGCCUGUUAGUUGAUAUUAUUGGGGUCGUUGAUCAGGUGGUCUUUCGGCAUGUUUCAUCAAAAAAUACCAGGGUUGUUUUUAGAAUGAAGGAUUUGAGUGGUGAAAUUUUGUCUUGCAUACUUUGGGAGAAUUACUGCAUUCAGUUCCUAUCCUAUUUGAAUGAACGUGGGGAUGAUGGGCCGAUGGUUAUUAUAUUGACACAUGUCAGAAUAAAAGAUGCGCAGGCUUUAGUGAGCAAUUCCUUCAAGGCGUCAAAACUAUUUAUUAAUGAUCCUAUAUUGGAAAUUCAUGAAUUUAAAGAGAGGCUUUUAGAUUUAGGUGUUGAGGUGACUCCAGUUUUACUACCUGGCGAUCAAGCAAGUUCACAAGUUUCAGGGGGAAGCCAGCUAUCAUCAAAGGAUUUGUUUCUUUCAAAAGCUGAAGUCAAAACUAUUUUUGAGAUCAAUGGCAUUUUUGAGGUGGACCUGAAAACUAACAUCCAAACAGGACCAUUCACAUGCAGAUGUGGCAAGGAUAAUGAUCAACCUGUUCUGAGGUAUAGAGUUGAAGUCAUGGUUACCCAAAACAAUGAGAGUAAUAAGUUUUUGCUCUGGGACCGUGAAUGUGCUGAAUUGAUUGGUGAAACAGCUGAUGAUGUGAAUAGGGUCAAGAUUGAAGAUGGUGAUCUUGAUUUGAAUGCUUCUCCUCAAGCACUUGACAAAUUGUUGGGUCAUGUGCUUGCUUUUAAGGUCAGGAUUCAAUCAAAAUUCAAAAAUGCAGUUGUUCUUAGAUACUCAAAUGACCUAGAUUUGAUCAAUGUUGUUCUCAAGAUGCUGCCUGAUAGUGAGGCAUGUUCCAAAAUAGAUCCUUCCAAUGUUGAUUGCAAUAAUACUAUGCAUGCUAAAUGUCAGUCUCUGUCUGUCACAGCUGACCAUGAUCCGGUUGCCGGAUUCCCUUUAACACCCAAAAAGCGGGUGUCAUCUGAUGAAGUUGAUGAUGAGUUAGGGAGCUCGCCCAGCCCAACUAUCGUCUAA